GUUUGGGCGCCCUGCAGCAGGGAGCUGAAUCGGGAGGGCCCUGCCCUGUGGGCCCCUUCCAGUGACCUGGUUUUCAACCCAGGGAUGGAGCCACACACUGAGGGAGACACCUCUUGAGAAGGCCCUGACCACUAUGGUCACCACUUUCCAUAAAUAUUCGGGGAGAGAAGGCAGCAAACUGACCCUCAGCAGGGAGGAACUAAAGGAACUGAUCAAGAAGGAGCUGUGUCUUGGAGAGAAGAUGAAGGAGAGCAGCAUUGAUGACCUGAUGAAGAGCCUGGACAAGAACAGUGACCAGGAGAUCGACUUCAAGGAGUACUCGGUGUUCCCGACCACGCUGUGCAUGGCCUACAACGACUUCUUCCUGGAGGACAGUGAAUGACCAGGGCUCAGCCCCUUGCCCCUGGUCUCUGCAACCCCUCUCACAGCUCCUCUCUGGUCCCUUGCCCUCCUCUCCCUUCUGGAUGGACCCUGCUUCAGCCUUCCCUUCCAGCAGGGGAAAUAAAGAUUUUCCA